AUGGUACCUGGUGAGGGGUUCAAUAAUUAUGGUGGUAUAUAUGUCCAGAGGAAUCCACGGCUGAAAGUCAAGGUGGUGGAUGGGAGUAGCUUGGCUGUGGCCGUCAUCCUUAACAGCAUUCCGAAAGGGACAACCCAGGUUCUCCUUACAGGCAACCUCACAAAGGUUGCUUAUGCCCUUGCCUUUUCUUUGUGCCAAAGAGAUAUCCAGGUAGUUACAUUACAGCAGGCUGAGUAUUUGAAGCUCACCAAAUCAUUAAAUGGUACAGAGGGUAAGGUGGUUCAUGACAGAAGCUAUGCUCAAAAGAUUUGGUUGGUGGGAGAUGGGUUGAGUAAAAAAGAACAGUUGAGUGCACCAAAAGGAACAAGUUUUGUUCCCUUCUCUCAAUUUCCACCAAAACAGUUGCGCAGAGACUGCCUCUACCACUACACACCAGCAAUGAAGAUCCCCAAGUCUCUUGAGAAUGUUUACUCUUGUGAGAACUGGUUGCCAAGGAGGGUGAUGAGUGCGUCGCGUAUAGCAGGAAUAGUGCAUGCAUUGGAAGGUUGGAAUGAGCACGAGUGUGGUCACACCAUGUCCAGCAUUGACAAAGUUUGGCAAGCAACUCUUCGACAUGGCUUUCAGCCUCUAGUCUCCAAAGAGGCAAAGAUUGAUUAG